CGCUCCUGAAGCGGCGGAUAUGACGUCUGUUUUGGCCCGACGAACAUGGCGCUGUGUCGGAGUGCAGGAGUUUUACGGAGCGUUUGCAAGAUCAUAACGGGCUCAAGAUAUGCUGCGUGCAGUUACCAUGGAGACGUUCUCAGUAGGGCUCCCUUCCACGCGAAGCCCCUCGCGAGGACACUGCUGCAACCACGCGUGUUCGUGAGGAGCAUGUUCAUUCAGACUCAGGACACUCCAAACCCAAACAGCCUUAAGUUUCUGCCUGGCCGUGCUGUGUUGGUGUCUGGGACAUUAGACUUUGCUUCUCCCAGAGAUGCCCACUGCUCGCCACUGGCCAGACAGCUGUUUAGAAUUGAUGGAGUCAAGAGUGUCUUCUUAGGACCAGACUUCAUAACCAUCACUAAGACUGAUUCUGACACAGAGUGGAAGAUGGUCAAACCUGAUGUCUUUGCAACCAUCAUGGACUUCUUCACGUCUGGUCUUCCCGUCGUUAAUGAAGACGCAACUCCUCAGGCAGACACAGCGCCUUCGGAAGACGAUGACGAGGUAGUUGCCAUAAUCAAAGAGCUGCUGGACACGCGCAUCAGGCCCACAGUGCAGGAGGACGGGGGCGACGUGCUGUACCGCGGUUUUGAGGAUGGCAUUGUGAAGCUCAAGCUCCAGGGCUCCUGCACCAGCUGCCCCAGUGCCAUAGUCACGCUGAAGAGUGGUAUCCAGAACAUGCUGCAGUUCUACGUCCCCGAGGUGGAGGGGGUGGAGCAAGUGAAGGAAGAUUCGGACAUUGAAAACAAAGCCCACCGAUGAGUGCUGCUAAGCGGGAAUUUUGGAUCCGGACUACAUCCCAGCAGUCCCGGCUCAUGCCACUGUCCAGCGGAGUGAAAGGGAGGCCUGAAUAUGCUGGGGGCUGCUCAGUAAUGGGGAGGAGGGGAGGGG